AUGGUUGAUGGUUCUUCGGAGCAUACAAAAUUAAAUUCAUUAAUCUUGUUACCAAUAAUGCAUUUUGAUUCUUCAGAAAUUGUAAAUGAUAAAUUUUCAAUAUUUAGCUCCUCCAUGGGUGGGUCACCACCUCCAGAUGGAAGUUCGGUAGGUCCUUCGGUUGGUGUAUCAGUUACAGGGGGUGCCGGUGUAGAGGGAUUGGCAGGUGCCGGUGUAGCAGUUGCAGGAGGUGCAGGAGUAGAGGGAUCAGCAGGUCCUGGUGUAGCAGUUGCAGGAGGUGCAGGAGUGGAAGGAUCAGGAGGACCGGGUGUAGCAGUUCCAGGAGGUGCAGGAGUAUCAGUUGCAGGAGGUGCAGUAGUUUCUGUUGGUGGUUCUGUUUCAUUUGGUUCUUUGGUUAUUGGUUCCUUUUUAUCGAUUUUAAAGAUGAAUUUUAAAAAAUAUUUCGCAGCUCUUGUCGCAGCAGCUAUUGCAAUUUCAGGAACUGUUAAUGCCGACACUCUCAGUUGUUCACAAAUGCAACAACUUGCUGGUGAAACUUUCGCAUCCUCACAAACCAUUACUAAUAUGAUUUGUAUUUCAUAUUAUGAAUCCUCAUGGAUUACAACUGCUGAAAAUAAAGGUAGUUCAGCAUCUGGUUUAUGGCAAAUUUUACCAGAACAUUGUGGUGAAUUAUGUAAAGAUUGUACCACUCCAUCAGAUCUUUUCAAUCCAGAAAUUAAUGCUAAAUGUGCUCUUGCUGUUUUAAAUGCUCAAGGUUAUAAUGCAUGGACCACAUGGUCAAAUGGAGAUUGUAAAAAUUGGAAUAAAUGCGAUUCAAGUUCAACAUCAGGCACCACUGCUUCUACAGGUAAAAGUUCAACAGGUGGCUCAAGUGGUAAAAGUUCAACAGGUGGUUCAUCAAGCGGUAAAAGCUCAACAGGUGGCUCAAGUGGUAAAAGUUCAACAGGUGGUUCAUCAAGUGGUAAAUCUUCAUCAUCAUCAUCCCACCAAACAAGUGGUUCACAAUCAGGUUCAAGCCAAUCAGGUAGUCAAACCAGUGGUUCACACCAAACUGGUUCAAUGAGUGGAUCACAAAGUGGAUCACAUCAAACUGGUUCAAUGAGUGGAUCACAAAGUGGAUCACAACAAACUGGUUCACCAACUAGCGGUGUUUCAACUGGUUCACAAACUGGUUCACCACUUACUGGUGUCCCAACUGGUUCACAAACUGGUUCACAAUCAGGUACAUCAAGCCAAAGUGGAACAUCAGCAUCAGGUACUACCUCACAAACCUCAGCAUCAGGCAGUUCAUCAGGUCAAACCUCAGCUUCAGGUAGCACCUCAGGUCAAACUUCAGCUUCAGGUAGCACCUCAGGUCAAACCUCAGCUUCAGGUAGCACCAGCGGUUCAGGCAGUAGCAGUGGUUCAGGUAGUAGCAGUGGUUCAGGUAGUAGCAGUGGUUCAAGUGGUAGUGUAUAA